CAAAUUAUCAAUGCCUACAAAUAGAAAACCCAAUAGCUAGCUUCCGAUUCACGUGCUGCCUCCGGUGAACGCUGUGAUCGACGGGAACUAUGAAUAACAAGAAGACGAACAACAACAACAAAGCAAUUAACUUUCCGGGGGAACUCAUCGACGGAAUUCUGCCGAGACUUCAUAUCUCCUGCCUCCCGCGUUUCCAGUGCGUCUGCAAAUCAUGGUACUCUCGGACCCUAAAUUCAUUUACAAAACCCUCUUUUCAUCGACAACGACCGCCGACCCGACGACACUAAGAUCCUCCUCAAGCUCGGGCUCAAACGUGACGGAACAAGCCGUUCCGUUUACUGUUCCCUCUCAUUCGAUUCGCUCACUGUCGAAACCCCUUAUCGAGAUUUGCGACAAGACCUCGGCAUUAGUCUUCCCGAUCGUAAUCGCAAGCAGCCCAGUGCGGUUAUUGUGGGCUCCUGUGGUGGCUUGAUUUGCCUUACCUACACAGACCCCGACCCCGCCGUCUUCGUUUCAGGAAUCGACUAUGACCGUAUUGUACUGUUCAAUCCGGCCACAUCCGAGGUAAAGUUGCUCCCUCCUCCCCUGCAUCUGCCUCGGACUGAUUACUCGUUAUGUUGGAAAACUGUUAGGUUCGGGUUUGACCAGCAGACCAAUGACUACAGAGUUGUUAGUAUCCUUCGUGUGGAAGUGAGACCUACUGACAAAAAACCUUGCUUUCGCAUUAGGGUUCAUGUAUGUGGUAUGAGAGGCAAUUCAUGGCGGGAACUCGACGGUUCUGUUGGUAUGGUGUUGUGAGACUACAUGAUUCUGAAAUCCCACAAUAUUGUCCUAGAGUGAGGCUGAGUGGGAGAAAGGGCAAAUGUUUCUCUGGGUAGGAGGGGAGAAUGUGUGUUCCACCGUCUACCAGAGCACCAUUACAAUUGUUUCGUUUGACAUGAGCAGUGAAGUGAUCCAGGCCAGCAGAACAUUCCCAAAUCCUUGCAAGUAUUAUGGUUCUGUCGAUGCUGCCGUUGUGUUCAUGUUGAAGGAUGAGACCAUUGCACUCUUUCAUUGUCAGAACCGCUUCCCAAGUGGGGAUCUCGAACGGAGUUUCGAGAUAUGGGUGUUGCAGCAAUAUGGCCAAACUGUUGGAGAGUGUUGGUGCAAGUUAUUUUCCUUCUCCCCUCCACUUGGUACGAUGAGAAGGCCAAAAGGCCUAUCGAAAGAUGGGGAAGUGAUUUUCAACAGUAAUGGUGAUCAACUACUUGUCUUGGAUCCUAUUACUGGCAAAAUGUAUACUCUACCGGUUGAAGAAAGAUGCUUCUCUGUUACAAUGGAAACCUAUACUCCAUCGACAAGGCCAUUAAUCGAAGGUGAAACGAAGCAAAAGAGUAAUAAUUUGGGAAACAAUAAUUUAGAACUUACAACUACUGGUGGCUUUUGUGCCUGUUGAUUCAUCAAUUUUGUUAUGCAUGGUCUUUUUUUAUGUUAGUCUGUAUGAUCAAGUAGUGAUGAUCACUCCAUCUUUCUAUAAGGAACAGUACUGCUUAGUUAUCAUGUUCCCUAUCAAGUGACAUGAUCAGUCUCAGUAAUAAUAAACAAGACCUUUCUGAUGAAGGUCGAGUUAAAAGCAAAAAUAAAAGCCCUGCCUUUUCCAUCUGAGAAAAAGCAAACAGUGAGGGAAGAAAAAGAAAUAAGGCCAGGAUGGGAUUGGAAUAAUUUGAUCUGGUUUUUCUUAAAAAUUUUUAAGAAACAAUUGGUUUUCAA